AUGGAUUUCUCGGAGAAGGACCUGUUCGGCGAAGAUUCCGACAACGAACAAGAUGGGACCCGCUCAACGUCGCCGUCGUCGUCCUCCUCUUCUUCCGCUUCAUCCUCAUCCUCGUCCUCUGCCUCUACCUCCAACGGCACUGAAGGUGAAGGCGGCGGCGGCGCCAACUCGACCUCCUCCGGCAGCGGAACGGCAAGCAGCGGCGCCGCCGCUGGAGACGACGAUGACGAAAACGGCGAUGAGGUGGAGCAAAGUAACAAGGCUUCUUACGCUAAUUAUAACGAUCAUGAUGAUGAGUAUGAAGAUAAAGAUCUGUUUGGCUCUGACAAUGAAGAUUAUUGUAAAACCCUUGUCAAAAGCCCUUACCCUAUUCCCGUGUUGCCUGCCAUUCGCAACACGAACAAUCAGGGUAGAGGGGGUUUUGGUGGCCGCGGUCGUGGUCGCUGGCAGCCUGGGCAUCAGAAUGAUAGAGGCGCCGGCCUUCUUCCUCGUCCUGGACCAUAUCCCCAGAGGCAAAAUUUUGGGUAUGGAAACAGGUUUUCCAAUGGUCGCCACGAUGAACGGUUUGUCUCUGAAAUGAAGCUGUCUAAGAGCGAAGAAACUCUGUCAAGAAAGUGCAUUGCUUUUCAGGAGCCUUGUGAAAUUGCCUGUUAUAGUCGUGUAGAAGGUGGACAAGUAUUUUUCGAUGAUCGUAGCGUGAGGCUUUUUAAGCGUCUUAUCUCUGAAGAUGUUGGGGCUGAUUUGAAUGAAGGUUAUGAUACAUUCAUUCCCAAACAAGACUUAGGGUCAGAAGGCUUUGGUGACCUUCUUGCUUGCAUUAGAGACAAAGGUAUCCAACUUCAAAACAACAUUCAUUUUGUGACGUUCCGCAACAAUCUUAACAAGAUUAUGGCUACAGCAUAUAUCCGACAUGAGCCUUGGGAAAUGGGGGUGCACAAAAGGAAUGGUGUUGUCUAUCUUGAUGUACAUAAACUACCAGAAAGACCACAAAGUGAUUUAGAUCGCAGGAGAUGUUAUUGGGGAUAUUGUUUUGAGAGCCUUGCCACUGAAGAUCCUACUAGAGAUGAUGGAGAGGGGAUACAUCAUGUCAAUGCCAAUGUUGAAUUUUGUACUGUGAUUAAGACAAAAUUAGGGGCCCACCGGAUCUUGAUGGGUGCGUACUAUUUGUGUUGGCUUCACAACAUGAAUCUAUCAUUUCUAUUGAUGCAGUUGGAAUAUCAUACUGAGGAAAAAUAUGAGAGAGAGAAAUUGUUAAAAUUUUGGAUUCAAUCAUUCCUGGCAGGUGUUCCGUAUAUUGUCAUAGGAUUUAGGGAUGAUUCUGGUCGUCUUGUUCGGACAGAAAGACUUAGAACCAAAGAUAUUACACAGAGAGUAAAAAUGAAGAACUACUGGCAGGGUGGAGUCUGCUUGGCUUUUGCUGACGAGGUAUUAUGCUGGCUGUAUGGAACCGUUAAAGAAAAUGCAGAUUAUAUAUUGCAGUUUGCUCCACCCUUCAACCGUUUGGAGCUUUUGCAGGCUCAGUCUUGUCCAGAUGCAAUUACUAGUCAUCUGGAUUUGUUGUGAACAAUUUGAGACCUUACAGUGAUCAUCAUAUACACAAUUCAUUAUACAGAAGAAAAGGGGAACCUCAACUUUGGAAUUUCCCCCAGUUCAUGAACCUUUUGGGUUAGGGGUAUACUAUGUGAAUGCUGAGAAUUGCAUUCCAUCUUUAGAUAGCAAUUCGAGAAAAGACAUUAUGCUGGCCUUGACUCACUGGGAAAAUAGUUUCAGAUUUCAUUAUUUCCAACUUGUUACUCCAUAUUUUCAAUAACUUUCUUUCGAAAACUUUAAAAAUCUUUUAACUUGUUGGAAACAGAAAGACUUGACUUACAAUAAUUAGGAUAUUGGGAAAGCAUUUUCUUAUGCACUUUAUAUUAAGAACACUACUUGAAUGGGGAAAACGUUGUUUUGAAGGAGGUAAUAGAACCAAAUUUGUCGAUGUAUCAUUGUAGAAAAUUUAAAUUAAAGUUC